UUACCAGUGACACAGAUGGGUCCCAUGUGUCACUGAGACCGAUUUGCUAGCCUGCGAGAGUGCACGGAGUGGCCGUGCGCCACCCUGCAUUCUGUAGCGCCAAUCCACACACCUGCCCUGCCUUGCCAUGUCUGAUGACGGGAGGCUACCAAGCAGUGCGCAGAAUCAAAUCGCAUGGUUCUUCACUUGGAGAAUGAUUCACAUGCUAUGCUAUCAUCUCUGACACGUGAAAUGUUUUGGUCGUACGAGGUUAGUACGGACCGGGCAGUUGGUCAGCAUGCUCAUGCAUACAUCAGCGCACCGUGCACUGAGGACUACAAGGAAGGUGCCCCUCCUCCGGCCCGGCGAUUUCCACGAGCUGGUUGGACGCAGCGAGAGCACGGGCAAGCAUCAGGGGAAUGGCGAGCAAGGCGGUGCCGGCGGCGGGCUACGGCGAGGACGGCGUGUACCGUUCGCUGCGCCCGGCGGUGCCCAUCCCGUCCGACCCGGGCCUCUCCGUGAACGACCUCAUCUUCCGCCGCGCCGACGCGUGCCCCGCCGCGCCCGCGCUGGUCGACGCCGCCACCGGCAGCGCCCUCACCUUCGCUGGGCUCCGCUCCGCGGCUCUCACGGCGGCUGGCGCGCUCUCGACGCGCGCGGGCGUCCGCUCCGGCGACGUCGUCCUUCUCCUCGCGCCCAACUGUGUCCUCUACCCCGUCUGCUUCUUGGCUGUCACCGCGCUAGGCGCCGUCGCCACCACUGCGAACCCGCUGUACACCGCGAGAGAGAUCGCCACGCAGGUCGCCGACGCCGGCGCCAAGCUCGUCAUCACAGUCGCCGACCUCCUGCCCAAGGUUGCAGAGCUCCGCCUCCCAGCCGUCCUCCUCGAUGGCGACUGCGGCGGCGCCACCACCACCGCCUCCGUGGCUUCAAACACCAACGUUAUCCUCUACAGGGACCUCGUCGACGGGGUGCAGGAGACGGAGUACCGCCGCCCGCCGACCAAGCAGAGCGACACGGCGGCGCUGCUGUACUCGUCGGGCACGACGGGAGCGAGCAAGGGCGUCAUCCUGACGCACGGCAACUUCAUCGCGGCGCACGCCAUGUUCACGUCGGACCAGGACGCGCGCGGGGAGGGGCCCAACGUAUUCCUCUGCUUCCUGCCCAUGUUCCACCUCUUCGGGCUCUCCAUCGUCACGCUCGGGCAGCUGCAGCGCGGGAACGCCGUCGUCGUGAUGCCGCGGUUCGACGUCGACUCCGCGAUGGCCGCCGUGCAGCGGCACCGCGUCACGUGCCUCUACUGCGUGCCGCCGGUGAUGGUCGCGCUCGCCAGGCACGGGAGGGCCGGGAGGUACGAUCUCAGCUCGCUCAAGCUCAUCCUCUCAGGCGCCGCGCCGCUCGGCAAGGAUGUCAUGGAAGCCGUGGCCAGGGACUUCCCCGGCGCCGACAUUAUCCAGGCAUACGGUAUGACCGAGACAUGUGGGAUCAUAUCGCUAGAGAAUCCAGAAAGGGGAAAAGCUCGUCAACUUGGGUCGUCUGGAACACUCGCCACACAAGUUGAAGCAAAAAUCGUUGAUGUGGAGACACUGGAACAUCUGCCACCGAAUCAACUAGGGGAAAUUUGUGUCCGGGGACCAAAUGUAAUGCAAGGUUAUCUCAAAAACGAGGAAGCCACUGAAUUUACAAUCAAGCAAGGGUGGUUGCAUGCGGGUGAUCUUGGAUACUUUGAUGAAGGAGGUCAGCUUUUCGUUGUCGAUAGAAUCAAAGAGCUGAUUAAGUACAAAGGAUUCCAGAUCGCACCAGCUGAGCUUGAAGGGCUUCUUCUGUCUCAUCCAGAAAUUCAUGAUGCUGCUGUUAUCCGAUUCCCUGACACUGAAGCUGGGGAAGUUCCUGUUGCCUAUGUUGUACGAUCACCAAAAAGUUCCUUGAGUGAAGCUGAUGUCCAGAAUUUUAUAGAAAAGCAGGUCGCCUACUACAAAAGAUUGAGGAGGGUUACCUUUGUAGACAGUGUGCCAAAAUCUCCCUCAGGAAAGAUUCUGAGAAGAGAGCUGAUCCGCCAGCAAGUGAGCCAGUGCUCGGGCUUGCAUCCGGACGCAGGGUGAUGUGUGAAAACGGCGAAGCAAUAAUAAUCUGGGUGACGGGCCAAUGGACAGUAAUCGCGUCCUGCACUCGGAUGGGAUGAUCACAGGAAGAUGUUUUCAAUGGGUGCUUGGUCCGUUGUCACUCUCAAAACUUACUCUCUAGCAUCCGCAUCACCUGUUGUAUAUCAAUAUAAUAUGUAAAGAAAGGAGUAAAAUAAAAGGUACGGCAAAUGACUUCCUGCUGAUCCAGUCAGCAAUCAGCCUCUA